AUGAUAGGUGGGUGGUGCCUGCCGUCCUGGCCAAGAGUGCCGCCCACACCCUCAGUGCCUUGCUGGGCCACCACUGCCCCCCUGCUGGACCCCCCUGCAGCCAUCACCAAGGAGACACUGCUGAGCCUGGUGUAUGUCCAACGGGCACACUGGGACUGCUUCCAGUACCAGGGGUCCUUAUGCCAGCAGGAGGUGCAGGGCGAGGCUGACCCCAGCACCUUUACCCCGAGCCUCUCCUUCCAAGGCCUGGUGGGUGUCCGGCCCUUACGCCUCCAGACCAGAGACACCAUGCAGCUCCUGACACCACAGACACAGCAGCUCAGGGAGAGGAUUGGUGAGAAACUGCUGCAGCUGAGGAGGGAAGAGGCCGUGGUGCUGAGUGAGUCUCCGAGGCUGUGUCUGGUGUGUGACGAGCAGGUGGAGCAACAUGCAGCCUUACGGAAGGGGAACAUCCAGAGCGGCCAGAGCGCAUCCAGCGGGUGUGGGAGAUGCUGGGGCGUGCCGGGGUGCUGGGGCGAGGCCAGCGGCUGCAGAGUGGCAUGGGUGACGCAGAGGCUCUCACUCAGGUGGUGCUGCCCGUGGCCUACCAGUUCAACCCACAGCUGGUCCUGGUCACUGCCAGCCUUGAUGUUGGUGCGGGGACCCACUUGGAGGUUGCUGCGUGAGUCCCGAUUGCUUUGAACAUAUGAAGGCCCUUCUGUCUGGCCUGGCCAAGGGCCGCAUGGUUCUGGCACUGGAGGGCGGCUUCAGCCUCAACACCAUCAGCUACUGCAUGACGCUGUGUGCCAAGGCCUUGCUGGGGGAUCCGCUGCCCCCCCUUGAGCCCCAGCUGGUGCCCAACAAGAGUGCCGUGCAGACCAUCAAUGACGUCAUCCGUACCCACAGCCGCUACUGGCAGGCGCUCUGCUUCAAGGUGAGUGUGGGGGUCUUUAAUCCGACCACUGCAAUUGGCCCGGAUUUGUCCUUCCUGGUAGCCCGGUAACAUACAGUCCCAGGUCUUUCUCUGCCUCUGUGGUGAUAGUGGAGUGUUUCCCAUGUGGUAUUGGUGUGCUGGGUAUCCCCUCCCAAGGUGCAGGACUUUACAUUUUUCUUCAGUGAAUUGUAGCAGACACUUUUUGUUCCAUUGCUGUAGCUUGGUGAGGUCUUCUUGUAAGAAAUCCACAGUCAAGGGGUUAAGGGGCAGGACUGGUGAAAGUUAUCCCUCAUGUCCUGCUGGUGUGUUCUGUGCAGGUAGUGUUGUCAGUACAUAAUACAGAAAGCUGUCUCAUUUCCAGAACUAUAUAUUGGACUUGUAUUAGUUAGAUCUCUCAAAACAUUUCUUCAGUUCUCAGUGGCUAUAGAGAUAUUGUUGUUGUCAGACAGUAAGAAGCAAAACACAUUAUCCUCUCUAUGUUUUGCAGUCUUUUCUUGUGGUUUGAGUCCUUGUGGUGCCUGACCCUGGGCAAGGUUACUUUCUUUACUG